AUGCCUGGGGGCAACAGGACCAGCGACACCGUCUCUCCCCCCGAAAUAAUUUAUCUUUCUCCUCCCCACGGAUUUAACGGGGAGCAGUGCGAGGAGCGGCAGGUCCACGGGGGCUCCCUCGCCCGGCGGGGUGGGGGCUGCCGCAGCCUCGGGCCCCCCGCGUCCCCCGCGCAGCAGGGCCGACUCCACCAUCCACGGCGGGCGGCGGCGCGGGCGGUGCGGGUCCCCCAGCCUGAGGCCGCGCCCCACCCCACGCCCCACCUGUGGCUUUCUCGUCCCCGCAGGAGCGCCCCGGGACUGAGCGGGCGCGGGGACAACGUCCGAGGCCGGGAAUUCAGGACGCGCCACAGCCUCUCGGGCCCGGCCCACAGCCGCUCGCGGAGCCGGUCCCAGACCGCCCCCCACCCCGCCCCGGCGCUGGACGCACCCGCCUCCCACCCACGAAGACGCUUGCCCCCGACCCGCGGUCUUGGGUGGGACCCCGCGCCGCCUGACCCGCUCCGGCAAGGCCGAGGAUGGCGGGGACGCGGCGGGGACGCAGUGGGAAAGGGUCCCGCAGGAGGAGCCCAGCCCCUCGGGCCCCGCGCCGCCCCGGCGACCCCGGCCCGUCCCCGGAAGCUCGCCCUCUCCGCCCCGGGGCCCCGGGCCCGCUCCCGGCCCGCCGCGGACUCACCCGGCGCCGCAGCUCGGGGUCUCCCGCCGCCGCCGCAGCGGGGUCCGCAGGAACCGCAGAGGGAGGGGGAGGGAGGAGAGGGGGCGGAGCCUGGAGCACACGUGACCGCCCGGGGAGGGACCUGGCUCGUGCGUGACCACCGGGGGGCGGGCCGGUCGCGCACGUGA